AUGCCUCCAGGCCAGACCAUCCCCGCCAACCUCUCCUUCGCCGUCGCCCGCCAGGUCCUCAAGCCAGAGGACAUGGAGCGUCUGGCAUGCGCCUUCCUCAACGCCACCGAGACCUUCGACGCCGACAAGGCCGCCCGCGAGUUCGGCAAAUGCAAGGCCGACAGCUUCAAGCGUUCCAUCUGGGUCAUCACCAAGACGCUCAAGGAGCACGGCGGCGAUAUUGACGGCGACGGAGAUCCUGCCGCUGCUAAGCCGAAGCAGCGGGGACGCAAGCGCAAGGCGGAUGGGGAUGAGGGUGAGCCGUCGCCGAAGAAGAAGGACAGGGGUGCGAAGAAGUCCAAGGCUGAGACCGAGGAGGAUGCCGAUGAUGAGGCGCCUGUCAAGGCUGAGCGGAAGGACGACGAGAGUUCUGAGGAGAACUUGGUCUGA